GAGGGGAGCAAUCUAAUGAGUCUCGGGCGGCUGCGAAAGACUGGCAUAGCUAGUAAAAUCCGCUUCCAUCGUCUGCGACACUAAAGGGAAUGCGAUCUAAAAUCACAAGAACAUAAUCUACACAUUUCAAGGUUCCAGAUAAGGCCGAUAUUGUGGUAUUCUGAAAAUAGGGGAGCUAGAAAAGGAAUGGUGAAAAUUGGAUUGGAAUAAGAGGACCAAUAUACCCGGGAGUAGGGGGAGUGUGUAGACAAGGGGAUAGGUAGCUAUCGGGGUUUCGCUAGGUGGUUACAAGAGGCGAAGCCACCGGACUCCGAUUAAAAAAAAAAAAUACAGUUCAAAAUUUAGCUGAAUAACUCAACAAUAGACACACAGCUGUUUUAGUCAGCUAGCUAGCAAAGUAACGUUAAAACCAUGGAACUGAGAGUGGGAAACCGAUACAGACUGGGCAGAAAAAUUGGAAGCGGAUCUUUUGGAGAUAUAUAUUUGGGUACUGACAUUUCCGUGGGGGAGGAAGUGGCCAUCAAGCUGGAAUGUGUGAAAACGAAACAUCCACAGCUCCACAUAGAGAGCAAGAUCUACAAGAUGAUGCAGGGGGGAGUUGGCAUUCCAACAAUCAAAUGGUGUGGUGCUGAAGGGGACUACAAUGUGAUGGUGAUGGAGCUCCUGGGGCCGAGUCUGGAGGACCUCUUCAACUUCUGCUCCCGCAAGUUCAGCCUGAAGACGGUCUUACUGCUGGCAGACCAGAUGAUCAGCCGGAUCGAGUACAUCCACUCCAAGAAUUUCAUCCACAGAGAUGUGAAACCAGACAACUUCCUGAUGGGGCUUGGAAAGAAGGGCAACCUUGUUUACAUCAUCGACUUUGGCUUGGCUAAGAAAUACAGAGAUGCUCGCACACACCAGCACAUCCCCUACCGCGAGAACAAGAACCUGACCGGCACAGCACGCUAUGCCUCCAUCAACACACACCUGGGCAUUGAGCAAUCCCGUCGUGAUGACCUGGAGUCUCUGGGCUAUGUGCUGAUGUACUUCAACCUGGGCUCACUCCCCUGGCAAGGUCUCAAGGCUGCCACCAAGAGGCAGAAAUACGAGCGAAUCAGUGAGAAGAAAAUGUCCACUCCCAUCGAGGUCCUUUGCAAGGGAUACCCAUCUGAGUUUGCCACAUACCUCAACUUCUGCCGUUCCCUGCGCUUCGACGACAAGCCCGACUACUCCUACCUGAGACAGCUGUUCAGGAACCUUUUCCACAGGCAGGGCUUCUCCUACGACUACGUGUUCGACUGGAACAUGCUGAAGUUUGGUGCCAACCGAGCAGCGGAGGACGCAGAACGCGAGAGGAGGGACAGGGAGGAGAGACUUCGCCACAGCAGGAACCCAGGGGCCAGGGGAAUCCCCUCCGCCUCAGGCCGACCCAGAGGAACCCAGGACGGCGCUCCCCCCACACCUCUCACCCCGACCUCUCACACAGGAAUGGAGCGCGAGAGGAAGGUCAGCAUGAGAUUGCACCGCGGAGCCCCUGUCAACAUCUCCUCCUCUGACCUGACCGGGCGGCAGGACACCUCCCGCAUGUCCACAUCGCAGAAUAGCAUUCCCUUCGAUCACCUCGGCAAGUAGCUGCACGCCACGUUCUUGUUUGAAGGCGGCACCGGAUCCUGUCUCGCGUGACCCCUAGUGGUCUGCACUCUGCUGUACCUCGAUGAGACACCACCUCGCGCCAUGGAGGCGGACAAUGCAUGGCUGAUUGUCACUCGUGCUAUUCCAACAACUUCACUUCCGCAACGACUGCAGUAAAACCAGUCCCAGACAGAACAAGUUCCUCUUUCGAUUCAAAGGGACAGCUUUGAGGCCUUUUUGUUCUUGCACACAGACACACAAUAGGACACACACACACACACACACACACACACACACACAAAGAUGCACACACACACAAAGAUGCACACACACACAAAGAUGCACACACACACACAAAGAUGCACUCUGAACAGGAAGAGGCUUCUGAGUCUUGAGUUGUUGCUGCCUUUGCCAUGCCGGCACAUCAAAAGGAGUGCGCCUGCGCCCCGCCGCUGUCUGCCACCACCACGGCCUUCCAUGGACGCUUCACCACGCAGACCGGCCUCACCCUACCAACGACCACCGCCGUCUCCUCUCCUUCCCCUGCUGUAUAGUGACACAUCAUCUCUCAUGUCUCUUGGCUUUUCAGGUUUUUUUUUUUUUCUGUUUUUCAGUUCUCUUAUCUGUUCAGCUAAUCCCCUCAGGCCAUGUUUGGAUAGGUAGUGUGUUGGUGUCUUGCUUUUGUCUGAAUUCGCAAAAGGAAAAAAAAACUGAAAAAUAGUUGGAAAAAUGUACAAAAAUUCUACUUUCUCAAUCAGCAGGGUUUUGCAUUAGUUCAGAUAUUUCAUUUUUUAUUGCCAUAUUUAUUUUUAUUUUUUAUUCUUUUAUGACCCCUCGCAAUUUCAUUGCUGUUUAGAGUCGUAUUUCUGCGCAUGUUUUAGCCCUGGUCCUCACCACUGUUCAGUUAAGCUCUCUCAAGUCAGGAACAGAUGGAUGUAAAACUGUAAACCUUAACGGAGAAACUGACAUUUAGAAAAAAAAUAUGUACAAUAUGGUUUUCUUAAUGUUUCUUCCCUCAGCAUAUAUUUGGGUUAUUCUUUUGAGGGUUUUGUUUCCUGUUACACUGUCGAACGCCUAGUUCUCUUGACUGUUGCUGUACAAUAUAUUGCAUUCCUUUUUUAUUUUAAAGCUGUGAAAUACCUGUAAUAUAGAAAUGUAAAUGUUUUGGGUUUUGCUUUUUGGUGAUUUUCGCUCGGGUCCCCAGACCUGCAGUCAGUAAUGGGGCCGGGGAGCACAGGGCCUCGAGGCUGCCACGGCUUUAGUGCUCCUGCCUGCAGUCUACGUGCACUGCAGUCUCAUAUCACUUAAAUGAAGUGAGUGCUUUUUGUCUGGAGCAUUAAAGGCACGGGACCUUUGUUCCUCAAAGCCCAGCUCAGUAGAGAGAUGGAGCACCUGUUGAGGUUGAUUGUUUUUAAUCGUUUGUGUAAUCAGACUUUUUUUUUUUUGUUUUGCUUUUAAAAUUUUAACUUGACUUUUGAUCAGAUUUAUUGGGUUACAGGUUUUCAUAAUACCAAGGCUUUGGGUUCCUGCAAACUCUCAUAGAACUACUGGUGCUACGUGUGCAGGCUUGCAUGUUCUGUUGGCUAGGUCAUACUUUGUGGGAUAACUGAAAGAGAAGCUGCAUAACUCCAUAUCAGUUUAAGUGUAAUAGAUGUGACUACUUCCAGCCACUUUUGUGGAGGAAGGGGGAAUUCUGUAGUUGGGAAAUGUGUAUAGAAUGUGUGAUGGCAGUGUGCUAUUUAACAUGGGCAUUGCCUGCCUUAGUAGUUGUUUGUAUGUCGUCUGAAGGCAUUGCUAAUGUGAAAUCAAGACACGGGAAUUCACUCCAUUGUUGUUCUGGUAAAAGUUCAUAUUCCAGCAGGUAUUUUCAAACAUGUUCCAGCACUGAGAAUAUCAAAGCAAGGGUGACUUUGAUCUGUAUUUUUUUUUUUCUUGGUCUGUUUUAUUCAGUGAUUGCAGAUUUUUUUGGAGCAGUGUGUUAUGAAAUUUGAUUCUUAAAUGUAUCUCAAAUGGUACGUAAUCAGUACAAAAUCUCUGGCUUAUUGAGGCAGUACGGUGCUUCUCUCUGUCCCGUUUCUACCUGAGCCUUUCUUGGGCCUUAGUGCUGGGCCCACCGAGUCUUGGUCUUCAGCCUCUGAGGCCCACCCCAUUUUGCUCUCAGGUCACUUCUGUGACUAGUUAUGCCCCACCUCCAGACAUCCCACUCUGCUGUAUCCUGUGUAAUUAUGGUAAUCUAGACCUGUAAGAGUUUUCCUCAUUUGUAUUGCC